AUGUUUUGCCAGGAACCUCCUAGGGAUGAAAUGACUAGGUAAGUGAAUUGUUUUACAAAUAUAAUUUUGUAUUAAAAAGCUAAAAACCCUGACCUCAAUUGUGUACAUUAAUUAGUAUUUUGCAACUAGGAUUUCACCUAAACUUUUAUCGAAACCCUAAGUUUGAUUUUGGUCAGAAUCCUCUUUUUUUUUUUUUUUUUUUUUUUUUUUUUUUUAACUUGGGUGAUUCUUUUUUUUUUUUUUUUCUUUUUUUUUUUUUUUUUUUUUUUUUUUUUUUUUUGUCUGUUUUUUUUUUUUUUUUUUUUUUUUUUUGUCGUCUAUAACCUGGGUGAAGCAUUUUGUUUUUCUCAACAUAUAUUACUAAUAAUUGCACACUUAUUGGUUGGUUGCAGUUUUGAGCAGUGCAUGGUUAUUUUUAAAACAAAAAAGCAGUCAAUGUUUUCCUUAUAAUUAAAGAGAUUGGUAGAGCUUCAAAGUGCUCUACUCUGUGUGCAGACAUUUUAUAUGUUUUUAAAACAUCAGGACUGAGUUUUCAUCACCUUGUCUUCAGCGAUCAAGGAUUUGGGUUAAAAAUAAAUCCUUGAACUUUCUAUUCCUUGUCACUGCAAACCUCAGAGGCCAGUUGGCCCUGGAUUAUGGCCCAUUUACUGUGUCCUCCUAUGUUCGAAUGGUAGGUCAAUAAUUUCAAAGAGGUCACUGGUCCUCAACAAUGUCAGUGGCUCCAAUAAUAGUUCUGAGAAAGACUCUAUAACAAUUAAGAAUAAUAUUACACGUUUUUGUUGUUGUUUUUUUUUCCAAUUCAUUUUGUUCAAAACUUAAUUCAAGGUUUACAUUGUUUUUCAUUUUUUUAAUCACAAGGGUCUAUCAAAUACAAAACAACAAUCCACUAUCAGAUCAAUAUUUUUCUGAACUUGAUAUGUGUAGCACAUUAUAAUUGAGAGGUUGGGCAUAAUUUUUGUGUGUUUAUGUUUGUUGUUUUUGGUUUUUUUACUUCCCUGUGGUUGAGCCAUUGCAAACUAUCAUUGGCUCAUGAGGUGUGCUGAUUGAAAAAGUUUGGAAAUCACCUUAUCAUCUAGACAAAGGGCUGUGUUUUUGUUGUGGGCCAGUGACCAGAUGAACAAUCUCAUUGUAAAUGUGUUGUGAAAUGUCUUAGUCACACUUGGCCAUGUUCUGUUGUCAUUCAACCUCUCUGUUGCAUCGAGUGGCUGUGUUGCUUCUUUAGUUUAUGCAUGUUUGUCCUACAUCACUGUUUUAAUUAUGCAAUAUAAUCCGUCAUUAAAGUUUGUGAAAUUUUUACUGCAAUAAAUUAAUUUCAGCCGGUUCCUUGUAUGUAAAGAUUGAAAUGUCUUGGUGCCAUUACUUAUUGGGGAAUUUUAAAUGUUGUGUUUAUUCUGGUAGAAAAAAAAAUAAAGCAGAGCUAUAAAUGUGCCUCUGAUGAGAAAAAACUAUAAUUCUUACAAUUUAAAGGCAUAUUACAUUAAAAUAUCUCCCAUGACAAUGUAUCUCUAACCAGAAAAUAAAGUCUAAUAUUAAUAAACUACUUGAACUGUAAAAAAAAAUAUAAAUAAAAUCAUCCCUUACAACAACCCACAUUGCACAAUACUUUAUUAUUUACAACGUUAUUAAACAAAUCAUUAAUUGAGGCUCUAGCACUUCAUUUUCAAAGACAUCAGAAAAUCCCUGAUAGUUUAUGGCCUUGAGGUAUUGAUUUCUUCAUGAACUUCAGGGACCUUUUAUUUCUCUCUCUCUCUCUCUCUCUCUCUCUCUGAGUUAAAAGGGAAAAUCUGAGAAAAACACCAUUACCAAAUCUCUGGAGUACAAAAUUAGAUCACUGUGAGCUUGGCUAUCCAGUAGCUCCAUUUUGGUCUCCUCUAACCCUUCAAUCUUUCUCAUAAAAAAAUAUCAAAGAGUCCAGCAAGUACACAAAGAAAAGUGAGUUACUAAUAUGGUUAUGGUCUUGUGAUAUUUUUUAGUGGGGAAUUUUGUCUGAGAUCUAAGCUUGUUCUAGUACUCCUCCCGGAUUAUUUUGUCUACAAAUACAGUCAGCCUUUUUUUUUUUUUUUCCAAACACUUUUUUUUACACAUUUUUAUUAUGACUAGGAAUUAUUUCACUUCAUUUUGGUUGCCUGUCUGAGAAUGCUUCCCCCAGGUUAUAGCUGCUGGAAAUAACUUAACAAGCUGGAUUGGGUACUAAUUUAUCCUCUAGACACGACCAUAGAGAUGCUGAGCAGCAGAUUGAUAUGGGGAGGCUAUCAAAGGUCAGGGGCCCAUAGGGUGGAAGGAACCGCUCGAGUGAUUUAGGGACAGCCAUGUAUUCAAAAUGGGAAUUCAGUUAUUGAGAACUGGGGAAGAGACAGUUAUUUUGAAAGAGAUAUUGGGAAGGGCGAUGGAAAUUUGCUCAAAAGAAAGUUCCAUUAUAGAGAGUGGGGUCAUAUAGACAAGAUAAAUUAUUACAUGAGGGUAUAGUUUACAUAGGUCUUUUUGAAACAAAUUGUUGGCUUUUUUUUUCAUAGCUUAAAUUUUUUUUUAAAUUUCAUUAUGACAUACAUUGUAGUUAGUUGUUUUUUAAAUAUUCUGGAAUUAUUCUGGCAGCUGCAAUUUUAGUAAGACUAAAGCUAUGAUUUUUUGUUUGCCUAGACGGCCAAUGUCUUAAUUACACACAUUUUUUGCUAACUUUCUAAUGUGGUACCGGUACUUAAGUUUUUUUACUACUGGUAUGUAAUUGAACAGCUCCCCAAGAAUAGCAGUCUUACUAGGCUUAUGAGCUUAUUCCAUCUAGAUGGGAAUGGACCAGGGCAAAAUUCAAACCUUCUACCUCUUGGUUGAGAAGCAGUCAACGUUACCAUUCAGUGACAUGGCAGACUUAAUAGAAUUUGAAUCAGUUUUUUUUUUUAUUAUUUCCACCUAGAACAAUAUCUUUCACUUAAUGUCUCCAAAAUAGUACAGCUAGUCUUUGUCUAAAUUCACCACUUUGACACAAAAAAGUACUAUUGCACCAUUUCAACAUUGUGUUUUUUAAAACCUUAUUUUUGUUGUUGUUUUUUUUCCCCUCAUUGUUGCACUCUGUUGUAUGGCCAUUGGUGUACAUCCCCAUCUCUACUGCCAACAUGAUCUGUGUAGACUGUUGACAGAACGUGAACAACAGCUACUACGCUCGAGGCAGUUUAGUGUUUUAGUGCAUGAGCAGCGUCAGACUGAUGCAGUUAUAGAGCAGAAGGUAACGAAAGUGUGCAUGUUCAUCCAAAAAGUAUGUGUAUCCGACAGCAAACCAACAAGAGAAACACUAACCAUGACAAUUGAUAAAAAUGAUUUUACACUAGGGCUAUGUUUUAACUUUGGGUACAGUGUAAAACAAUGAUGCAUAAAGAAAUAAUAUUUCUAAUGUAGUGUUUCCCAACCUUUUCUGUGGUCUGCACCCCUACACAUCUUUUUACAGUCCCCCUAAAAAUUGUUGACUAAGUCAAAAGUACAAAAGUGUUAAUGGAUUUUAAAAUUCAAAAAAAAAAAAAUGGAAAUGGAAUUCCAAUGUGUUUAUUUCAUUAAAAAGAGAACAAUAAAACUUAUAAAAUAAACUUGUGACUCAUAGCAUAAAGUAAAAAUUUUUUGAAGAAAUAAGAGAAAUGUAUACAUUUACAUCACAUCUUAAAAGUCAAUGGCUCCUCUUUUAUUUCACCCCUUGAACUGCCAUCCCAGGUUGGGAAACCCUGAUCUAUAGGACAAUUAAAUUUUUAUAAUAUCUUAUGGACUUAUAAUAAUAAUAACUUAUCUUCAAAACAAAUAUAAUUUCAUACUUUUCCCACAUAAUAAAGAAACUCAUAAGAAGCAGAAAAAAAAAAACUAUUUAUUUUCCAUUUUAAACUUUUCAAAAUAUCACUUUUGAAUGUAAUUUUACAUAGAGGAAAUUUUUAUUAACAAAGAAAAAAAAUUAUUGAACAUAUGGUGAACACAGAGAUAGUUUCAGGUUUGAAGUAUUCAAAGAAUUAAGUAUUAUUUGCUUUACUAUGUUUAAAUGUCUGAAAAUUAAGAUUUAGGCAAGGAAAAUAAGCUUUUUAUUUUUAAAAGUCUAGUAACACUUUGCCACAUUAAUGCAUAUUUACCAUUAACAUUUAUGAAUCAGCUAGCAAUAUUAGUAUUAGCACACUGUUGUCGAAUCUAAAGAAAUAGAACCAUAGAAUACAUAUUUAUUCUACAAUAUAUUAUAAUAAUUUCCAUAUAUUUGUUGUAUGUUGCAUUUGGAUGAUUAUAUAUUUAUGGAAAACUAUGUUUUCAUUACCUUAUUUUCAUUGGUAUCAAUAUUUCAAUUAUAUUUGUUUUAGUGAGUGUUCUAAAUCAUAGGCUCUUACUUAAAUUGUGGAUUACACAAAGAUUUUAGUGUUUGCAUUACACAGCAAAAUAAGGAUUUUUAUAUUAUAAAAUAUGAGCUUUUUUUGGCAAGUAUUAAGAUAAGUAUUAAAGAGGGUACCUACAUUUAAUAUUUUAAGAACCUCUGUUCUGAAUAUAUGGUAAAUUCUUUACAAAUACUGAAAGCAUGCUUUGCAACAGACCAUUCUACUGAGAGAAAUUGGCCAUUGAAAUGUUUGGCAUAAAAUUUACAUUGAUAACACAUAGUUUUAAUUGUUCAACUCAGUUACUUUCUGAUCUUUUAAACCUUUCAUAAAAACAAAAUUCGUCAGGAAAAUGUUUUACAGAAUAAUCAUAAUCACGUGCAUGAAAGCUUUUUCAAUUUUUAAGAAGAUUUGAAUUUUAAAUAUGGCAUUGUGUGUACCUUUGAUGUUAUCCUUGUAUUCAAACACUUAUUUCUUAGUUACAUUCACUAUUUUCUAUGGUAAAUUAAGUAAUUAUGAUUGCCUUUACAUCCUUUUUUAUUGCUUUCACACUGACAUUUUUUUAUGCAUAUGUAAAUUUUAUUUAAUUGCUAUAGUUAGCACAGCAGGAAAAAGAAAUUGAGAGAGAAGAAGAAGCAUUCUAUGAAGCAAAACGUGAGGCAGCUCGCAUAGCCAAAUUAAGUAAGGAAAAAGAGAAUGCUGCCAAAAAUAAUUUGCCUAAUAACAGAGCGUGGGUUAAUGACGAAGAGUGGGAAAUGUAAGUCCAUUUAUUUAUGAUUAUAUUUAAUUAAGGAGGGAUUCCAAAAAAAUAUGUUUUUGUGAAAAUUAAAUAAAAUUCAAUUGAAUUUUAUAAUAAUUUAUGACCAAGAAAUUUAGCCUUUGCCCAUAAUUUAUGAUAACAACUGAAGAUUUGAUUUAGUAAGGGCUAAAUCCUUUUUUCUAACUAAUGGUAGUUUAGUCUUGUGUUGACAUGGCCAGCAUUCCUAAAUGAUUUAUCUUCUCUUUUGUGUAAAAGCAUAAACAAUUUUGAUUUUAGUAAAUGUUUUUCAGCACAAUUAAUUGUAAUGAAAUCUGGCUUUUUGUAAUAUUUGGGAAUCAAUAAAUAUGCUUUUACUUAAACCAAGUAGGCCUAUUUCAAAUCUAAUUAUGAAAUGUAAAUCUCCUUAAAUUCAUUUCUAUCAGUGCUGGUGGUGAUGAUGACUUUGAAAUAUUCCUCGCAAGCGUCAAAGCCAGAUCAUUGGCCACAAGAGCUCAAGUGACAAAUGGUGAGUCUGUUUUAUUUUGGUUAAACGAAAACUGUAUACUUUUUAGUUGACUGAAACUUGGGUCAGUGCAAUGAAAGGGAAACAACCAAUGUCAGCUUUCAUUUUCUGCACAUUUAAAAACCAAACUGUAGACAUUUAAUCAGCAAAAUAUGCCUUUAACCUUUUGCUUGGAAAAUAAUACAUUGAACAAACAAAAUACUUCGUGUGGUGUGGUAUUUCUUUUAUUUUUUUUCUAUCUUUGACUUUACAUACGAGACAUUUAAAAACAUACAGUUAGAUGGGCAAUAAGUUAUUAGAAUGAAAGGUGGCAAAGCUAUAUUCUUGUUGAAGAGAUUUAUAUUUUCAAAAAUCUUUUGGCUUUAAAUAUUUUGUGCUGUAAUAAUAUUUUGGAUUGUGUAAAAGAAGAAUAUUAAUAAAAAAUUUCUUUCAUUAGGAUCUGGUGAUGCUCAUAGCUCGAACAGCAGCUUAGUUCUAACUAAAGAUAAAAGUUUGACAGAGGCCAGUUCAUUAGAUAUGGAGUGGGACCAUGAGGCAGGUAUGUAUUGGUUUAUUGAUUAAAAAUGUUAAGAUUGGUAAUUAUUCAUUGCAAGUAUACUGUAAUUAGAAUAGAAGUGAUUUGUUUGCUUGAAUAGUUUCAAUAUUUUUAUAAGAAUUGCUGUUUGUUUGUGAUUGAAAAUCAGAAACUUAGCUAACUUUUAGUUGAUCGAAAAAUAUUACGAAGAAUUUAUUAUUCUAAAAAUAAGUAAAAAAAGAUGUGUAAUAUCACCUGGUGUGUUAUCCUUUCAACAAACAAGCCGAAAAAAAAGUCACAAGAAAGCUCUUUAAAACUAUUUUGCUCCUCAAAACUGUAAUGAAACCACAAAUUAAUUUUCAAACUAAACUUGUGUCUUCAGGUAUGUCCCCACAACGUAAAAUCAAUGCUCGUGCCUCUGAAGAUAGCUGGUCCAAGCCUUCCACAGCCAGUCCAAUGCAUUCCAGUGAUUUAGAAUGGGACCCUGAUUUUGUUAGUGCUGAAGAUGGUGAAAGAAUUGAGUUGUUGAAAGCUGCA